GCGGUUCUAGAAGAAUGAAGGGUAUGCUUAUGAUAUAUUUGCUUCUCUGUAUUAAUGAGUCUAUUGGGCAUGCGACUUUACCUGAAAAUGCCGAGAUGAAAGAAACGGCUCCAUUGCCAAGUACGACAUCCAGUAAACAAUUAAAAGUCUUACGAGACAUCUUAAAUCAAGAAAGUUUAGUGCGAUUCACAGUGAUACAGAAAAUUGAGACUUUGGUAUUGGAUGCAAUUGACAGUAAAAACCUUAGCCAAAGCCUUGAGAGGAGGCUAAAUGAUGUUGUGAAGGAAUUAGGUGAUUUGAAAAUAAACGACGAUAAAUUGAAGGAAGAGAACGCAAAGCUCAAAGAAGAACUCAUUGUUCUACAUGUGAUUCUUGGUAAUAACAGAAGCAUCGACGAUGCAAACGUUCAAAGCAUAAAUGAUUCGGAAAUUUUAUUUCUGAGAAGGAAAACUUCAGCCCUUGAAAAGGAAUUUAAAGCGCUUUCUUUGGAAAAUACAAAUAUGAAUGAACAGUUGCUUGUUUUGAAGAACAAAGGUCUGAACAGUCUUCAGAAUGAAACGUUAAAUCUAAAUAAGAAAUAUGAUAAACUGAUACUAGAGAACGACGCUUUCCAAAAUCAUAGUAUAAUGUACAGAAAAAAAUCCACUCAUUUAAUGGAAAGUUUAUUGUCGAUGGAAAAGGGUUUACGAAAUCUUUUGGUGUCCUGUAAUAAAGCAAUGGAAAAUGAUCAACAAAAUACCGAAGAUGCCAAAGAACGGAAGAUAUACUCCUGCAACCCGACAGGGUAUGAUUUCCGUGCUACAAAAUGUGAAAAAGGAUGGGUCCGGUUUGAUGAAAGCUGCUAUCUGUUUUCAAGCAUGGAAACAAAUUUUAAAGAGGCGGUGAAGUUUUGUAACAACGCUGCGGCUGGUGCUCAUCUUCUUGAAAUUGAAAGUUCACAAGAAGAAAAAUGGAUUGAUCUGCAGCUUAAGUUACGAGGUUUUCAAUAUGUGUGGAUUGGAUUGACAGAUAUUUUCAAGGAAAGUUACUUUGUCUUUAUCUCGACUGGAAGUAAACCGUCAUAUACGAAUUGGCACAGAAACGAGCCCAACAAUGCUGGAAAAGUUGAACACUGUGUUGAGAAGUGGAGUACAGGGUUGAAAUGGAACGAUAAACGCUGUGACGUAAAACGUCCCUUUGUAUGUAAGCUGAGUCCUUAAAAAGAUUACCUUUUACCUUAUGAAUAAAUUUUCUGUUAAGACAUGUUCUAUACUCAAAAGGAGAAAUGUAAAGCAUCGUCACUCAUAGCAUUAAUAGCAUAAACUAUACAUAUUCCAACUGAUACCAAAUCGCAAUCAAUAUCAUUGUAGAAAAGGAUUUACCUUUUUCAUUGCUCAUAAUAUGGAAACAGAACAAUCUUGUUAAAUGAAUUUUUUUCUUAAUUAAACAAAAAGAAACAUA